AUGCAAGCGCGCUUCAUCGCUCCGAUCCUCGGCACGGUCUCGCUUCUCGCCGGCAGCUGCACGACGCUCGCGGUCAACAGCAGCCGCGCGCCCCAAGUCAACGCCCAAGUCCGUCGUCUCUCCAAGCGCGUCAUGCCCCGUGACGUCGGCAAGAGCUCAACGACGGCGAAUCCGACGGUCGCCAAGAAGCACGACGUCAUGGAAGACUUCCCCAUCUACAUGUUCACCGCCGAGUAG